GGUUGUCAGUCGCGGAACACACAGGAUGUCGGCUCCAUAGGGGUCCAACGUGUCAAUUGAUUUCUACCCCUCUAUUGCCGAAAACGAUCAGAGUCCGGGGUGCACGCGGCCAUAGCCGAAUCAGCAACGAGUCUGUUCGCUUCUGUGCUGCCUACUGUAGAAGCAAGUAUGCCGGGCACGUUCACCAUCGACACUGUCGUCUCACUGUUGGACAAGUACCCUUUCUCGCCAGCGGGAGCGACAGUCAUCUCGCUGUUGCUGUGGAACAAAGCACGACAACUCUCGGCUUAUGAGCUCACUUUUGGUCAAUGGCUCAAAGAUACCGCCUCGGCGAGAACGAAAGCGUAUCUCGCUUGGGUCUUCCUCAAGACGCUCAAUCGAGUCGUCGUGAGAUUGAUCAUCAAUCGGGGCUGGAAGCGUGAUCGUCCUGCCUGGACAAGCGGCAAGGAGGUCAUUGUCAUCACGGGAGGCGCUGGAGGUAUUGGUGGUGCCUUGGUCGAUUUGCUUAGCAAAAAGACUAACAAAGUCGCCGUGCUUGACUUGGGACCACCCACUUAUAAAGCUCGCAAUGUCAACUACUACAAGUGCGACGUAUCGAGCGAAAAGCAAGUGGCCGAAGUGGCCAAGCAGAUCCGUUCAGAUCUCGGCCAUCCUACUAUCCUCAUCAACAAUGCCGGUAUCGCUCGUGGCGAGACCAUCAUGAAUCUGUCUGCGCAACAGUUCAUGAAGACGUACAAGGUCAACACGCUCGCUGCAUUCAUCAUCAUCAAAGAAUUCAUUCCCCACAUCAUCAAGACAAAUCAUGGUCACAUCAUGACGGUGGCCUCUUCGGCAUCGUAUGCCUCGAUUCCCCAACUGAGCGAGUACGCUUGCAGCAAGUCUGCUGUACUCUCGCUUCACGAAGUCCUUUCAUCCGAGCUCAUCCAUAGAUACAAUGCCCCGCGCGUGCGAACGAGCGUCAUCUGCCCGACCAAGGUUCAGACGAACAUGGGCCAAGCGAUGGAAGACCAUCCAUCUCAGUUCUGGACACCUGUUCUGACGCCGCAAGAGGUGGCAAAGGAGAUGUUUGCGCUCAUCGACUCUGGCCUGAGUGGCCACAAGGUCAUGCCGCUCUAUGCAAGCCUCAUCUUGCCCUCUAUCCGAGCCUUGCCCGAAUGGCAUCGCUUCGUCGUCAAUACUGCGGGCAAGACGCACGAGACCAUCACCGACAAGCGAAAUGCGAGCAUCAUGGAGGAUUACCGCAAGAAGCUAGCAGAGCAGGACGAGAACAAAGACGACUGAUCUCGCUGCGAGACAGUGCGUGAUGUGCAAUGCAGUUACUAAUUCGCUUGUUCGUUCUUUCGCUCGACAAAGAGCCUGAGAUUAUGUCUCAUUUUGGUAGCCACCUUCGCCUCGUGCCUGGCCAGACAUGGAUUCCUUCACUCUGGUCUCCUCGUCUUGAGCAGUCUUGCUGCCUGCCUGGCCCUGCGUCUCCUCCUUCUGGCCCGUUGCUUCACCUAGAGUGGUGUUGCCAUCGAUUUGAGUGUCGCCGGAGAAAGCGUCCUUGCUAGCUUGACUUUGUGGUCCUGCUUCCAUAGUGGCUACUCAAUUGUCUUACUUUCAAUGCUUGAGGAGCUACAACUGUGCC